ACAUGCCUGCACUCGUGCGCGACUUUUAAAUCAAUAUGGCGGCCUGUAGACAAAUGUCAAACGUGUAUUGACGGAUGAAAGUUUUCUGAAUAAUGGAAGAUAGAUUGUUACAAUAACGUUACCUAAAAGUAGUGCAAAUCCACUGCAAAUCGGAUUUGUCUAUUAUUUUUAUAUAUAUCGUGGUGCUAAACAAAUCAUUGUUCACUCUAACCUAUUCGACUUUGCUCUGAGGGCAAUGUUCGUCUGCCUGUUUAAUAUCCGUCAAUAAAUAACUAAUAAUAUCAUGAUAUAACAAGAGAAUCGUUUCAACGCAACUACUUCAAAUCAUUCCGUCCAUCUUCACAGAAAGUCGUCCAAUUAAGUGCAAAAGUUUCAGGAUUUACAGUCCAAUAACCAUCCUCUUUAAAAUAAUCAAAUAAUUAUUUUUCAUAAUUAAUUUGAAGUAUUGUGUAGCUAAUUCCAAAUGUCGUUUGACUAUGAUUUUGCUAAGCCAUUUGCAGAGCUUGAACCUCCGCACUGGGGUGCCUUGCGUGAGCUAUGUCGGGCAAAUGCAGAAUAUUUUGAAAAUGAUCAGACCGAAGCUAGCAUUCGAUUGCAUGAGGCUUUACUAGCUAUGCUAAAUCACCUAGAACAGGUUCGCCCUUUGUAUCGAGAGAUAGCAAAGAUAGCACCAUUGUUCGACUUUGAUGCAAAAACACCGGGAAAUGGCUACAGAAGUUUUCUCUCAGUAGUUGAUAAGUGUAUAUUACAUUCUGUUUGUGUUUGCCGUCAACUAUGCUGUCAAAGGGAUUCCAUACUCUUCCGUAAGACUUACUAUAUGAGAGAGGUAGAAGCUUGUCUUCAACUCUUGGCUUCGUUAUGUACCUGUCUUCAGCAUUUAAAAACCCUCUAUUCUUGGAACACAACAAUGGUAAAUGAUCGACCAUCCUUGUUCACUCCGGAGGGACAUAGUCCUCAAGAGCUUUUAGAUCGAACCGAGAGUAUCAAUCAAUACAGUUUUUAUGGCAGAUGCUUGGGAUUCCAGUUUUGUGACAGCAUGAAGCGAGUAGUGAAGACUGUAUCAGCUGGCAUGGCUUCGUUUAGUGAAAUAUAUUUUUCCAAUGGAACAAUGAUUGGAAGGUGUGCCAAUUUAUUGAAAUAUUUAGUUGACCCAGAGGCAAGAGCACGGCGCAUAGUAAAUAUUUCUCAACAAGCUGAUGUUGACUUCUGCAAGAAUUUUUGGUUACUCAAUGAAUCAGAUUUAUUCCUACGGUUGCCUGCGUUGGUGAUGCCAACAAUCGCGGUCAAUCAGGUGAUUUCCAUUCCUCCAGAGGAAUUAACUCUCCAAUGCCAAAAUGGUACACCUGUUUCCAUUCCAGUACCUCGCAGUCAUUUAGGUGAAAGAACUCUAUCUGUGCGACUUUUAAGCUCUCAUCAUAGAAAAGGAAUGAUUGGUUCAAUAGGAGUUGAAUCUAUAUUGCCAGCUUCAGAUGAAUUAAUAAUUCACUGUCACGGUGGUGGUUUUGUGGCUCAAAGUUCACGUUCUCAUGAGGUUUACUUACGAGAUUGGGCAGUACAACUCGGUAUACCAAUUUUGAGUAUAGAUUACAGCUUGGCCCCAGAGGCACCCUAUCCUCGAGCUCUUGAAGAGGUGUUUUACGCUUACGCAUGGGCCCUAAAACAUUCUAAAACUAUGUUAGGGACUUCAGCUAGAAAAAUUAUUCUUGCAGGAGACUCUGCAGGAGCUAAUCUAACCUUAGGGGCUACUCUAAAGUGUCUGGAGUUUAAUAUACGAAAGCCAGAUGGAAUUUUUAUGGCGUAUGUGCCAGUUCUAGUCGAGUUUGUACCUUCUCCGGCACGUCUGUUAUGUCUCACCGAUCCAUUAUUACCAUUUGGAUUUAUGAUGAGAUGUUUGAAAGCUUAUGCUUCUUGUGAAACUCAACAGCUACAAAGAGACAAGGACGACGAAAAUGGUGAUGGCCAAAAAUCAGAGACAGAAUCAUUUGCAGAAGUAAGCGAGAGUGAUCUUAUAGCACUUGCUCUCAGUCCUAAUGGCGAUGAAACUAACGAAGAACAUAAAUUAGCUUCGUUUCCAUCUGAUUCUACGUUAAACUCUGUGAGUCUUGCAGAAGCUGAUGCUGUACAGGUUACUUUAGAUGCUAAUACUCCUAGUAAAAUUACUGCAAAGGAGCAGACUCGUUCGCAAGAGUACAUUACACAGUUCUUGGACCUCUACAAAAAUAAAUCGUCUGAAAAUUUAGCUGGUGCAUCCACCGAAGACAAAUUGAAGGAGAAAAAAGAAUCCGCACCUGAGAAAUCAUGGUCACUAUUCGGUUGGAGUUUGGGUGGGAGCAAGUCAAUAUAUUUAGAUGUUGAAAGUGUAAAAAGUCCAUCUGAAGAAUUCGUUUUCACUGUACCCAGAGAUCCGCAUCUGAGUCCAUACUUAGCACCUGAUAGCGUGUUGGCUCAAAUUCCACCUGUUAGGGUAGUGACUAUAGAACUGGACCCUUGUUUAGAUGAUUGUGUUAUGUUCGCGCGAAAAUUAAAAGGAUUGGGAAAUCCAGUGACACUAGACAUAUUAGCAGGUUUACCACAUGGAUUCCUGAAUUUUUGCCUGGUAUCCAAGGAAGCAAUGGACGGCUCGCAUCUUUGUGUGCGAAGAAUACAAGAGCUACUGGAAUACAAUUAGUUUGAUAAAAAGUAACUGCUGGAAUAAUUGAAAUUAAUUAAGUAUAUUGCCAGUUCGCAGACUCUGUAUACCGACAUUAUAUAUAUAUUGCUUUGAUGAAAAUAAGUUUAUUGAAAAAGCGAGUUUGAGAUGUCGGGAGUUGUAAAGAUAUGCUGAAAUUUUUCGCGGCCACUCGAAAGGUGUCCUUCAUUCAAUAACCAUUGAAAUGCUUGUGGUUGCUGUAAUAAUUAAUGCGUAUUGUCUUGCUGAUUUAAGACCUAAGAAAAUUGUAUUAUACUCAGAUUAAGUCAUCUACCUCCGUGUAUCAAUAUCUCUUUUUUUAUAAAUGUGCUGAAUAUGUACGCACUUGCUGCAUGAAAAAAGCAAGUUAUCAAACGCGGCACUCAAAUUACCGGGAAUUAGUUUCGAUUCUUUUACGAUAUUUACCUAUUUGUUUACAUCAGAUCAUUGGAUUUAUGAAUAACAGGUAGACACAUUUUAUCCUGAUUAUUUUAUCUAGGAAGUUACCCAAGAUAAUAUGUUAUCUAUUGAAAGUAGCUCGAAGUUUUAUUAUCAGCUGCGUAUUUCCCUCAAUCAAGUAACAUUCAAUAACUUGUAUGUAUGUAUAAUAGUGAAAUUUAUCCAUGUUGUACACAUUAUUACCGCAAUAAUAAAUAUUUGAGUUUUCUAGUGAA